AAAAAGUCUCAUCUUCUCGUCUUACUCCUGGCAGUGACUGAUACAGGCUCCACAAAUCGCCUUCCACGACAGAGGUAAACUGAUGGGGGCAGAGGCGAAUCAAGCAGAGCACCAUAUUCAACUGGAGACGACACCUGAUACUGUUGAUGCCUUGCUCGAGGCUGCUAGAUUUGAUGAUAUUGAUGACAUUAGAGGCUUAGCAUCUGAAGGGGUUUCUCUUGAUUCCAAGGACUCACUGGGCCGUACAGCGCUUCAUAUGGCUGCAGCAAAUGGGCAUCUUGAUGUGGUGGAGUAUCUUAUCAGCCAAGGAGUGGAUCUCAAUGCUUCUAAUGAUGAGAAGAAUACGCCUCUUCACUGGGCUUGCCUCAAUGGCCGAAUUGAGGUUGUUAAGAAAUUGAUUCUUGCUGGAGCAAGUUUAAGCAUUCUAAACUGCCAUGAGCGGACUCCAGUAGAUGAAGCUGUCAGUCAGGGAAAAAUGGAUAUUGUUGAUGCCAUUAAUGCUGCUGUAGCACAACUGGAACUUGCAGGUGUUCAAGUUUCCUAAUGAAGGAAGUUCGAGAUAAUACACAGGCUGAUACUUUUACAGUGCCACAAGCUUCUGAUGUGAUCAUUUUGGUUUGUGACUGUGGUUUACGUCCUUGAUUCUUGGCCAAGUCAUGUGUUAGUUAUUUAGCUCUGGUCUGACUCUUUUUUGAAAGAUGUAAUUGGCUCUGAUUGAGACUUAAAGUCAAUAUCUCAUACUUAUAGGUUUUUUUUUUAUCUUCUCUUGUACGUAGAGUUAGUGAAGCAUCUUUGAUUAUGCAUGACAUAUCCUAGUGAUGCGAAUGGAGAAAUAGAGGAAAAGUGCCUCCCUCUUCAACCUCACAAAAUUUGUCACGGGAACUUAUCAUGAUUAGGGUUCUGUAAUUUAGAGUAAAGUUGCAUUGUUACUUCUUGAAAUAACUAUCGUGAGAUAAGAAACUUUUAUUGACAAGUAAUAUAUUGAAAGAGGAAUGCAUCAUUAAGCUUGUGUUGGUGUCUUGCUGACUGC